AUGGAAACUUCAUGCCCUAGAUUGCUGGUUAUCUCUUUGAUGGUGGUUUUGUCUAAUGGAGUACUGGUAGUCAUGGCAUUGGCAUCAUCACCAUCACCAUCAACACCGCAGUUCACAGCCAUGUUUGCUUUUGGAGAUUCAUUAACAGACAAUGGAAAUAACAACUACCUCAGCUCUAUUGCCAAAGCAAACUAUGUGCCUUAUGGUGUUGAUUUCUAUGAGGGCCCUUCUGGGAGAUUCUCCAAUGGUAGAACCAUCAUUGACUAUCUUGGAGAUCUGUUACAGAUACCUUCAUAUCUUCCAGCUUAUGCAAAUCCGUUGGCUACUGGAAGAAACAUUCUCAACGGUGUAAAUUAUGCUUCAGCCGCCGCUGGCAUCCUAGAGGAGACUGGUCGAAAUCUAGGUGAAAGGUUCAGUUUAAGUCAACAGGUUCAGAACUUCGAGAACACAUUGAAUCAAUUGAAGAACCAAAUGAGUGAGCAAGAAUUAAGGGAGUAUCUUAAAAAGGCAUUGGUUGUGAUGAUACUAGGUAGCAAUGACUACCUUAAUAACUACCUGGUUCCUUAUACAUAUCCAACUAGCUUCAUUUACAAUGCUACAGCUUAUGCAGAUCUUCUCAUACAACGUUAUGCAAGGCAAAUAUUAGCACUGAAUAGCUUAGGACUAAGGAAGUUCUUGUUGGGAGGAAUUGGGCCUCUUGGUUGCAUACCAAAUCAGCUAGCAACUGGACUUGCACCCUCUGGGAAGUGUGUAGCCUAUGUGAAUAAUAUUGUUGGAAUGUUCAACACAAGACUAAGAUCUCUUGUUGAUCAGCUCAACUCUAAACACUACCCUGAUGCCAUCUUUGCUUUUGGAAACACUUUUGGAGCUUUUGGUGACAUACUUAACAAUCCAACUGCUUAUGGAUUUAAUGUAACUGAUAGAGGGUGUUGUGGACUUGGGAGAAAUCAAGGGCAAAUAACAUGCCUUCCAUUUUCAGUACCAUGCAUUAACAGGAAUCAGUAUGUGUUUUGGGAUGCCUUCCAUCCAACCCAAGCAGCCAAUGAAAUCCUUGCUAGAAAAGCUUACUCUGGCCCACCUUCUGAUUGCUACCCAAUCAAUGUUCAACAAAUGGCACUUAUGUAA